UUUCGAUUCAGCCCCGCAGUCGUUGGAAGGAGCAACAAGGUGCCUCGGAGCGUCUCGGCUGGGGUGUGCAUUUCAGCCUUUUCUCCAGAGAUCCUCGACUAAAUAUGACAGUCUGUGGCCUCAUCACGAAGUCUCAAGAGCCAGUGCCCUUGCAAAGCAUCUCCGUGGAUGUGGCGGUCCAAGGUUUUGUGGCUGAUGUGGUGUCUGAGCUUCGGUACAAGAAUGAAGAAAAGGCCGCAGUGGAAGUUACCUUUGUUUUCCCUCUGGAUGAUGAAGCUGCUGUCUAUGCCUUUGAGGGCCUGAUCGGUGGGACACGGAUUGAAGCCCGGAUCCGAGAGAAGAAGCAGGCACAGCAGGAAUACGAGGAUGCCCUGAGCGAAGGACGGGAAGCCUUCCUGCUUGAGAGGGAGACAAACACCAGUGACAUUUUCAUCUGCAGCCUGGGCAACCUUCCUCCAGAUGGGGAGGCCACACUGAAGCUGCGCUAUGUCCAGGCAUUGGCUCCCGAGCCUGAUGGGGCCGUCCGCUUUGUCCUGCCUGCUGUGCUGAACCCGCGCUACACACCCCAGGGGUCAGAAGGGGACACCGUCACCAAGGGCAUACUCCGAGUGCCCAGGGGAGAGCUUCCGUAUACGCUCAGCCUCAGCGCCACACUGGAGUCCUCCCACGGCAUCAACCGGGUGGAAUCCAAAUGCACCCUUGUGCCCCUUCGCUUCACAGCAGAAGACCGUACUGCUGCCCAGGUCUCCUUGGCUGAAGGGCACCAGUUUGACCGAGAUGUGGAGCUGCUGAUUUAUUAUGAAGAAGUUCACAAGCCCAGUGCAGUCCUCGAGGCUGGGAAGCCUGGAGCUGCACCAGGCUCCCUGAUGGGGAACCCAGCCCUUCUGGUUACCCUGUACCCCAGCUUGCGCUGUGCCUCCAAACCAGGCCUGAAUACCACCGGGGAGUUCAUCUUCCUGUUGGAUCGGUCUGGCAGCAUGGAUUGCAGCACUGAUUACAACAGCUCGGAUGCACCACCACGUAUUCAGAGCGCCAAGGAGACCCUGAUUCUUCUGUUAAAGAGCCUUCCUCUGGGCUGCUACUUCAACAUUUACGGCUUUGGAUCCUCCUAUGACUCGUUCUACCCGCAGAGCGUAGAGUACACCCAGCAGACCAUGUCGGAAUCUCUCCAGCGCAUGAAGGACCUAGAGGCUGACUUGGGGGGCACAGAGAUUCUGGAGCCUCUGAAGGCCAUUUACAGCCAGGCUGGUCGAGAAGGACAUCCUCGUCAGCUAUUUGUGUUCACAGAUGGAGAGGUAUCUAACACAGAUGAAGUCAUUGCAGAAGUUCGACGUCACAGCAGCUCCCACAGAUGCUUCUCCUUUGGCAUUGGCGAAGGGGCCUCCACAGCCCUCAUCAAAGGCAUCGCUCGAGCAGCCGGGGGCAGUGCAGAAUUCAUCACGGGCAAGGAACGCAUGCAGGCCAAGGCGCUGCAGUCAUUAAAGAAGGCCCUGCAGCCAGUAGCAACAGGAAUCUCACUCCGCUGGGAUUUGCCUUCCGGUCUCGAGGCCGUGCUCGUGGGGUCUGGCCCCCAGGUCAUCUUCGAAGGGCAGCGCAGCCUCAUCUAUGCCCAGAUCCGUGGGCAGCAUCAGUCCUCAGGUGCCUCAGAGGGGGCUGUUGUGCUCCAGUACAUCUUCCAAGACCAGACCUUCACGGACACAAUGAAGUUCCCCCUCCAAGCUCAGGAGCGCGACAGGCUCCCUGUUCAUCGACUGGCGGCUCAAGCCCUGUUGCAGGAGCUGGACGGUACUGGAGAGAAGGAUGAAGAAAAGCAGCGCCAGGCUCUGGAGACGAGCCUGAGCUCCGGGGUGGUGUGUUCACAGACAGCCUAUGUGGGGGUGAACACAGCCCUGGGCCAGCCAGUGCAAGGCCCCCUUAUCCACCGAGAUGUCCCCCAUGCAUACUAUAGUGCAGCAAUGCCACAAGUUAUGAAAAAGCGAUGCAGACGAGCAGCCCCAUGCUCUGCUGCUCAGAGUGCCCCCAUCAUGAUGUUUUCGGUGAAAUGCAAGUCAGCAACACUGGAUAGUGAUCAGUGCCUUUUUUCAGAAGCAGAAGUGCUCACUCCAAAGAAAGAGGAACCCCCUCUCUUGAGGCUGGUCUCUCUGCAGAAUGCUGAUGGCUCCUGGGUCCUCGAUUCUGGCCUGGCCGAUCUUCUGGGCCUGAGCGAGGCUGAGAUCUCUAGCAAGGCACCUGGCCAGGUGACCCCCACUGUGUGGGCAACUGUGCUGGCCAUCCUCUGGCUGCACUCCAAGGCGGCAGAGCAGAGUGAUGAGUGGCAGCUCCUGGAAGCGAAAGCACUCAGGUGGCUUCAAGGAAACGCAGGGUCUCGGCUAGCGGACUGCGUGAAGACUGGCAAUGCCGUGCUGGGCAGCACUGUGAGCCCCCAGACUUUUGGUCUCUGAGCUCCUCUCUGUUCCCUUGUGCCUUAAACUGGAGCUCCUGCUUCCCUGUCUCUUUUCAUCCUGCCCACGUAUAACGGGCUGCUUUUAUGGAGGGCUUGACUGAAUUCCUUGGAUAGUACUCAUUUUCGUGCCUGAGAGUCUUCCUCUCCACUGGGCUGGGGCUCUCCCAUGCCUGGAUGCUGCUGCUCCUUCCCCAGCCAUGAGGUGCCUUGUGGUCCUGAGUCCUUUUUCUCUCUGUAAACCUGCUACAUAGCAGGCUUAGUAGUCAAACUCUGUCCUUUGUGAGCUCUCUGGUUGUAAAUGCUUGGCAUUGGCACAAUACGGAGAAUAAAUCUUAAGCGAGUUAUAUAGCUCUUCUGUCUACCAAAGAGUAAUCCACAUAAUGUGGCAAAUGGCUGAGUGAAAAAUAAAGUGGAAAUCUCACAUCCUG